AUGCGGUGGUACCUUGCGUUGCUUGUCAGCGCCUUUGCGGCUGCGGUAAAUGCUCUGAGUAGCUCUGGCAGCCGUCUGCUGGUGGUCUUGGAUGAUACCACAGACAAGAGCGCUUACUCGAUACUGUGGUCAGACUUGGAAGGCCGCGGAUACGACCUUUCUUUCGAAUCGCCUAAGAGUGACAAGCUGUCCCUCUUCGAACAUGGCGAAAGAGCUUACGACCACCUCCUGAUCCUUCCCCCGAAGUCCAAGGGACUUGGCCCCAACCUGACCCCGAAGAACAUCCUGGACUUCAUGAACCAGGAUGGCAACAUCAUCCUUGCCCUCUCCGGCAAGGCCUCUACCUCUAGUGCUAUCAGCUCCCUCCUCCUCGAAGUCGAUAUCCACCUUUCGAACGACCGCUCCGCUGUUGUCAUUGACCACUUCAAUUACGAUACAAUCUCGGCCGCUGAGAAGCACGAUGUCCUCUUGCUCGAGCGCCCCGGUCCCCUGCGUCCCGAUGUGAAGGCCUUCUUCGAUGGCGAGGGUGUUCUCGCUCUCCCGCAUGUCGCCCCCCAGACUCUGGGUAGCAACAGCCAGCUCAUUUCGCCCAUCCUGCGAGCUCCUGCCACCGCUUACGCGUACAACCCCAAGGAGGAGAUGCCUUCGCCGGAUGACAUUGAAGCCACCGGCUCUCAGUUGAAUGUGGUUUCGGCUGUUCAGGCUCUCAACUCGGCCCGAUUCGUUGUGCUGGGUUCCGUGGAGGCCCUUGAGGACCAGUGGUUCUCCGGCUCUGUCAAGGCUCCCAACGGCAAGAAGGUUCCUACCGUUAACCGGGAGUUUGCUAAGCAAUUGACUGGCUGGGCUUUCAAGGAGACUGGUAUUCUGAAGGUCGGAAAGAUUGAGCACCACCUGGCCACUGAUGGUGAGGUGGCUGUGGAAGACAUGAACCCUAAGAUCUACCGUGUUAAGAACGAAACCGUUUUCAACAUUGAGAUUUCCGAAUACUCUUAUGACAAGUGGGUGCCCUUCGAGGUCCCUGCUGAGGAUGAGCUGCAGCUGGAAUUCACCAUGCUCUCUCCCUUCCACCGCCUGGCCCUCAAACCUACCGUCCGUACUGAGACCAGUGCUGUGUACAGCACCCAGUUCACUACUCCCGAUCAGCACGGUAUCUUCUCGUUCCGUGUGGACUACAAGCGUCCUUUCCUCACCAACAUUGAGGAGAAGCACGAGGUUACCGUGCGUCACUUUGCGCACGACGAAUACCCUCGCAGCUGGGCCAUCACUGGUGGCUGGGUGUGGAUCGCCGGUCUGUGGUCGGUGAUUGGAGGUUUCCUGGCAUUUGUCGUUGUUUGGCUCUACUCCGCCCCUGUGGCUGACAAGGUCAAGAAGACCCAGUAG